GGCAGAAAUUAAACGCCACGUACAAGGUCAUUGAUGGAGUGAGACGCUCAAAGGUCAUUUUCGUCCAUGUUAGUCGGCCAUGUUGGAUUGCAGUUCUGUAGCUGUUCGUUUACACAUCGAUUUUUCUGUUUAUCCAGCACUUAUUCACCACGUAUCUUGAUGCACAUUGUUUACAAAUGUUGCGUUUCACUUCAUUAUUGUUUCCGUUUCUGUUAAAAUUAGUUAUUUCGUUUGUUUCGAAAGUUUUUACCAGCAGGUCAGUGCAUUCAUUUCAUUGUAAUUGUUUCAUACGUUGCAUUCAUGCAUGGUUUCAGUGUUUUAAUUGUUUUUCAGCUAUUAAUGAAUUAGUACUGUGUAGAAAUCUUGGAGAUUAUGCACGUGAACAUGUUUGGGAAGCAGAAGCCAUUGUUUCCAGUUCAUUUUUGGUUGCCGUUAUUGCUGCUGGCUCAGUUGGUUACUUAGUAUGUUGGAAUCUAGAAAAAAAUGUCUCUCACGUUCAUGUUUACAGCAUGCAAUAAUCUACGAAUGAAUCCGCUGAAGAGAGCACCAUCAGGGUUAAUAUUAGCAAAGUUUUCGAAGAACUAAUUAAACCCAGAGAAUUUAGAACCUGGUUUGAAGUUUAAAAAGCUUUGGAGCUUUUCGACAAGGAGUCUGUUGUCAGCUAAAAAAUCAGGUAUAUUGUGAGAGAAUCAAAAUCAAGCAAGGAUGAGCCAAAUGUGAAGCAUGAAUGUGUGGUGUUUGUAUGUACUUUUGGAAGCAAAAAUAGGAAGCAAUAGGAA